UUGGCGUCUUUUUUGCCAUCAUGCUCUUUGUUGCUUCUCAAAUACUUCCGCGGCGGCAACCUUCUUCAAUAUUCGAUACGCGACGGCUGGGAUGUAUGGGCAGAUGGGGGUCGCGAGCACGAAUGGCUUCGAUGGAGAAAAGAAUGGGACUCCAAACGAAGGCGACAUGAUAAAAAGCAAUCGUAACUGCGUUUCCAUGUACGACAUCAGUACAUGUGGAAUCCAAUUUUUCACCUACGGCCUGAUCAACACAAGUUAGCUCAGUCACUCGAACUUUUUAUUCAUUUUCUUAGGAGUAUACGUUAUGUAAAACCUUCGUCGACAGUGAUCUCGACCCUUCUUGACAGUAUCUGUCUGUCAAAGGAAGUUGCCGACCAACGCAGUACUCCAUCCUGGAACUCGGGGUUGCAAGAGGCAUUCAUGACUAAUAGACUGUUUUGUCCGCGGUCAUUCAAGUGGCUACAGAAUAGUUCAGAAUGUUGUUGCCCGUGGGUACAAUCUAUGCCUAUGGUGACCAUUCAUGGGGCCUUACCAUCAUCAAUUGGAUGUCGUGUCAGUGAUCGGCUAUUCCUCAUGCUCCCCGAAAAAUCCGCUUGUAACAUCACCGCCGCUUGGGCACUACGUAAGGAACAAGACACGGAGACUUCAGCCAGAAUAUGUAUCCAUCCAUCCAUCAAACACUCCCGAGUGCCUGUCGUUAUAUCGAAUCUCUGCCACAGAUGCUGUUCCAUCGCACUUGCGGAGACCGCGACUCGUCGUACCUGUCUUCCAUUGAUUUAUUUCACGAGAAUAUGAGAGUCCAUUGUUGGCUUCUCAUGCAUUGCUCCACUCUGUACCUAAAUAG